GCGCUGGUGCGUCGCGACAUUUUACAUUGUAUUGACUGGCCGUGUCGUGUCCGUUGUAAAUAUUGUUUAUUGUUGAUAAAUCGGUGUUGUGUGAUAAUCGGUGUAUGGUGUUGUUUGUGUGUGGUGUUGGUGAGGGCGUGCGAUGUGCCUUGGGCCGCCCCGGUGAUGGGCUAAGCCGCGGAGGACGGGGUGCCGAGUCCGCCAUAGCUCCAGGUGGUGCUACUGCUGGUAGUAAAUGGUCGCUAUGUGGGCGAAUCGCCGCCGCCACCGUCGGAACGGCAGCAAUGUUUGAGUCAUGGAUGUGGAGGUGAAGCAGCGAAACAGACGCAGAAGACGCGCCCAGCGCAUGCAGGCCCAAAGGGAGGGUAAGGCCGACCGUCGCGAUGGACCAGAUAGUGGAGACGACGACGAGAACGUCGUCAGGGAGAAGCCCCAAAGGCCGCACAACAGACGCAAGAAGAACAAAGAACCGCUGGUUGAGGAGGACAUCGUCGAGGGGUUCUCCAUUCUGCAGUUCCGGUCCUACGAGGACCUAGAACUCGUACUGAAAAUAAGCAGCAAAGAGAACAUAAAACGUUUGUCGGACAUCGAAAGGCCACGUCUCGAACCCAAGACGCACAUAACACAUCACAUCUCGGCACACAACAACCACGGUUUGUCUUUGACUCAAGACCCGGCCACGAGCGACGACAGUGGACGGGCAUCUGAACGCCUGACGGGGUCGUCAGUGGCGCCACGUGAUGCGGACAGUUCAAGGGACCGUCUCAGUGACGCCAGCAGUCGAUGCAGUUCAGGAAAAGGAUAUAUCUGUGAUAGCGAAGGCGAAGACGAUAAGGGUUCCGACGCCAGCUCGGUGAUAUUCGCCUCGACGCCGGCGUCCAGGAAGCGGGAGUUCCCCGGCGCACUACCGCCUAGUUUACCAUUGAGCAAUGGCACGAGUAAUUCCCCCGUUCCCGCUCCAACUCCCCCCAACCUCCCCGUACCGUCGCCGGCCCCCGCCCAGCAACCACCGUUGCACCCCCCGGCGAGCAGUACCGCCGCUCCUGGAAGCAACAAUAAGCCGCCGGUGGGUGAUGUUCCUGCCCCACCACCAGCUAGUGUUCCAGUCAGUGUGCCGCCGGUGACGAUGCCGCAACCGGCGGCCGCCCCCAUCGCCCAUCAUCCCGAUUCGACGACCGGUGCCGCCACACAUGCAAUGAGAACGGAUAGUCCGGCGGUGGCCACAUCAGCUAAUGUUCCGGUCGCACCCGGAACCGGCCAGUACCAUCAUCCCUCGUACCAGCCGUUGUAUGCGCCCUAUGCGGUACAUACACCGGUACCACCACCAAGUACUUCAACGACGACGGUACCGGCGACGACGGCCACCACGGCGACGGUUAAAGCUCCCUCGCCGCGAGGGCAUAGCCCUAACAGGGAACGGGAGAGUUACAGUAGCAAUGUCAGCAGUCUCAGUCGAGGCAGCGUGACUCCUCUGAGCUGUCCGCCCCCCACCACAGUGUCUUCUAGUCUAGCCAUGAGCAAACCUUGGACGGGACCUACCCCGCAACUGAGUCCGGCGCCUCCUCGACCGACGCCGCCUCUGCAUUCGUCUUUCCCACCACCGAUGUUUACGGCACCUUUGCCACCGGUGUCGAGGGCAAGUCCGUUAACAUCGGCGGUACAACCACCAAAUCCAAAUCCGUUUUCGGCGGAAAGUUUGUUCCAAACAAAUCAAGCCGAUAUGCUGCGGAGAGAACUCGAUAAUAGGUUUUUAGCGUCGCAGGAUCGCAGCUUGGGAGUGGCGCCCCCACCGUACUUAAGAACUGAAAUGCACCAGCAUCAGCACCACCACACACACGUGCAUCAACAUACGACGUCGCUGUUGCCACCUCCGGGUGCCUCAUCGCUAUUCCCAUCACCAUUGACCGUAUCACCAAUGGAACGCCUAGCGAGACGAACUGGCAGCAGUUUUAAGGAUAUCCCGAAAAUGGGCGGUGUUGAGUCGCCUUUUUACCGACAAAACAUCGGUAUGUCGAAUUAUCCUGGAUACACACCUGGAUUAAUUCAUCCGGGCCUAACGGCUGGUCCUACGCCGUUUGUGCCCCCAAAUCACCUGUCAACGUUUCAACCAAAGUCGAUGCCCACAGACCCGACCAAACCAAAACCGAUGAAAACCGGAAAAUGGAACGCGAUGCACGUCAGAGUCGCCUGGGAGAUCUACCACCAUCAGCAGAAGAGUGGCGAGGCGAAGGGUGGCAGCGCCGCCAAAUCGGAGCUUUUGAGGCCCCCGUCGCACCUUUUCUCGCCAAGUGUUCACGCCGGUCGCCCCCAUGACAUCCCCUUUCCGCCGUCCCUGGCCUCGCAUCGGCCCCCCGGGUUCGAGCAGCCGCAUCCCAGCUCUCUGUUUACGCCACCCCCAAGUCAUUUAGGAAAAUCGCCGUUUGCGGGAAGCACCAUGUCGCCCUUCACCAGGUAUGGUAGUGGUUUCGGGUCGGCAUCGACGACGUCUCCGUUUGGGGUUUCGCCGUUUAGUAGUACAAGGGAUUUGGGAUUGGGGCCGUUACAUGAUCCCUGGCGGGGAUUGCAAAGGACCGUACCGAAUUUCCCACCGAGUGUUAAUGCUUUACCGCCGACUUUGCCGGGUUUACCGCCGCCAACUCCGUGGAAUAUUAAGCCGGAUCCAAUACUGGAACAACGGGAGAGGGAAGCGAGAGAACGCGAAGAGAGGGAACGGGAGAGAUUGAGGAGGGAAAGAGAGGAAAGGGAGAGGAGGGAGAGAGAAGAGAAGCAAAGGCGACUUGAGCAACAGCAACAGCAGGAGCGCGAGCGUCGUGAGAAAGAGCGUCGCGAGCUCGAGCGCCGCGAGAUGGUGGAGCGCGAACGUGAACGUGAACGGGAGCGUGAACGUGAGCGCGAACGCCUCCUCCACCAACAGCGAUUGGCCGAAUCCGCCAAACAGCUCGCACCUCCCGUCAUGCGUGACCGUUCGCCCCUCCGCAACGGCCAACCCGACCCCGAUAUCCGCGUCAAGGAGGAGCCCCGAUCGAAAGAAGAAGAACUACUGGCACGCACCGACCACCGCUACCACCCAUUCCUCCGCCAUCCGCCGCUUCAACCGCCACGGAUGCUCCCACACGGCUUAUCGCAUUAUGCGCCGCCUCCACCGCCCCCGCCUUCCAGUCAUUGGCCGCCAACGACCGACCCUUUCUACCGGUACGACUCGUUGCGGUACAAUCCGCUAGUGGACGCGAUGAGGGCCGAAGAAGAAAGAGCGAAGUUGUUUGGGGCUUAUGGGGCGCAGUUGCGGAAAGACCCGAGUUUGAUGCAUUUGAGACCGCCGCCACCCCCGACGGCACAACAUCACAAAAUCAGUGUUACGCCCCCGACGGACUUGCACAAGAAGGAGGAGCCCCGAUAGCAAAUGCCGUGUGAUAGUUAAGAGCACGCAGGGAUGGAUCAUUUUCUAAAAAACGAUCGUGCUUCGGUGAUAUUAUAGUAUUGUUUGUGUCUUGGUUUACUUUUAGAAAGUGGUCCAUUGUUACGAUUUUUUUUUAUUUAUUUAUUUUCACAAUUGUACUAAUGUUUUGGAGAAAUUAUAUCGUAGGGAUCUUUCAUGACCAGACCACACACCGAGUAACUCGACGAUAGCGACGGGGAACAAAAUUUUGACACGCAAAUUCACUAAUUAAGUUGGCAACAAUGAAUAAUGUACAAUUGUGAGCACUAAAUUUUGGUAGUCAAUGUCAUUGUCUAACAUGCUCUCUUGUGGAUGUCAAUUAGCUGUCCUGAAAUCAUCUCCACCAUGAUUAUUAUUUUCACUUUGUUAAAGUAAAAUAAAAUAUUUGUCAGUUAGUGGGGUGGUGUUUUGACAUAUACAGGGCGUUCCGUUUUUAUUGUUACAAACUUAAACAGGUAACAGAAUAUUCAAUUUUAAGACAAAAGUUUCCUAUAAACAUGUAUCAAAAAAUGUUACAGAAUAGAUAAAAUUACAACAGUUGGCACAGCUGA